AUGGUUGCUGAGAGAAUCGUUGAGGUACGUUUUAAACCGUUACUUUAAAAAUAUUGUGAGAAGUAUAUUUUUAUGUCAAAGUGACUUUUUAAAAUGUUAUACUAUUUUUUUUGUUUUCAGAUUCAAGAAGCUUUCAAAGACAAGAUUACCAUUGAGGAGAUGGUCGAAAUUUACAACAGCUUAUUGAAGGAUGCCGAAGGUGAAGCUCGUGAUGUUGCUGCCUCUAAACUUCAAGCUUUUUGCUCCGCUCUUCCAGAAGCUGGCCGAAAAGAAGCCAUAUCAUCGGCAAGGUUUUGGAUCAACCGUAAGUUUUGUUUCUUAGAUAUCAAAUAG